UCAAGUCGGGUUAUUUGUUAUCCUUUUCACAAACACGACAUUCAUUUUCGUCUUGCUCCUCAGGGAAGCUACCAGAGCCAUUUUCUGUCUGUUUUCUCCCCUUGAGCACUUCAAUAUGGACAAGUUCAAGCCCAGCAAAUAUCUCCCAGUUGACGGGGAAGAUUUGUACUCACCAAAACGUGGGUCCGAUGGCGAUGACGAAGAGUGUGGUGAGUUUUCUACCACUCCAUCAGCUCGCUGGGCGGGGUCGAAAGACUCAUGGAUUCAACGACACUGGCGCUCUGUUACCGUUCAUGCUUUGCUCUUUGCGGCAAACUUGUUCCUCUUCAUCGCCUACUCCAAGGGCGUUAUUGUUCCCGUUCGUUAUACCGAUCCUCAGCAUGAACCAACUCCGUUCCGUUCUGUGGUGAAAUAUGAACGAAGAGCGUUUGAUAUGGGAGCCAUCUAUGGUCUGGGCAAAAACAUGUCAUUGAACAUGCAGAAGGGAAACAUCGACUUCAACGGGCCACCCAGACCAGAACUGGAAAAUGCCUGGGAUGACAUUCUCCGCUAUCAAAACGUUCGCAUACCCAGAAAGGACAUGGGCCAGUUCCAGGACGACGAUACUGUCAUUCGUUUGACAGACGGGACCUAUUAUUUCACCGUCUCAGUCUUCCAUGGGCUUCACUGCGUUGAGAGGGUCCGGAAAUACAUCUACAAGGACCAUUACUACCCAGACCUCAGUGAGAUGCAAGCCAUUGCUCUGCUGAAACAUACAGAGCAUUGCAUCGACUACUUCUUGCAGUAUCUCCAGUGCAAUGCCGACACGACUCUUCUUCCUAUGGAGUGGACGACCGAAGAUCCAAAGCCUGUUUCCCAGGGUUUGGGCAAACACACAUGUGUCAACUGGGGCUCCAUCUUUGACUGGGUGAAGGAGAACUCUUUUGAUCCCUUUGAGCCAGGCAUUCUAAUGCACCCCAUCUUUGGCGAUCCGUACGACCGAAAUGCCUCUCACCACCAUGUCAAUGUGGGACUCACGGAGGCAGGCGGGAUUCUGCAUCUGAAUGAGGAUGGCACGUUGAAAGAGAGUAGCAAAAAGAGUCAUUCACAUUCGUGAGGUAUGCAGAUAAGCGAGGAGAGGCGAGCAGUGAGUACUCAAACUAGGGAUGCAUUAUUUCAAGGUCUGGUCCAUUUUUUCAUUACGCGG